CUGCUCAAUAAUAAGAGGGAUCACGAUGUUUUCAUUGUCUGGGGAGAAAGAGAGAAAAGUUAAAGUUCCUAAAUUCAUUUAUGACCUUCCAGUUGGUGAAUACCAAGAAAUAGAAGAUUUACUCAAUAUCUGUGAAAAUUGGCAGGCUCUGGCAUCAGUUUGUAACUGUUCUAUCAUGGAAGUGGAAAAAUUUAGGAAGUUCUCCUAUAUUCCUGGGGAAUCUCCUGCAAAAGCCCUUUUGCAGUACCUAGGAUCUAGGAAUUUACAAAUCCAGGAUAUCUUCUUCCAUUUUCACAAGAUCCAACUGUACCGCGGCAUGGACCUCCUCAAGAACUAUGUCAAGAAGGAGCACCAUCGUCUCAUCAGAUUUGGUCCAGUCCUCGCCAACAAUACUCCUGCAGUACAGACUAAUUAUCCAGAACCAGUUUCUAAAGUUUACACAAAUCCGAUUAAGAUGUCCCCAGUUGAUUACGAUACACCGGAUACAACCCGAAGUAUGAAUAUUACUCAACCUGUGAUGAACCCUGGGCAGGGAGGAAGAGAGAGAAGGGAUGUGUACUCCAUGAACCCCAGCGUACACCAGAUACCCUUCUAUAACCCUGGUUCUCCUACUCCUAUUCAUGGAUCUCCUAUUGCUGGAUCCCCACUUCUUCUUGGUUCAAACAGUCCUUCCAAUCAGCAAUUCUUGCCGGCCACUAGCCCCCCUAAUCAGGUUUUCCAUCCUAACCGAACUCGGAACUCUUCAACGGGUUCCCACAGUUCCUUGAGCACACAAGGCAGUUCCAGUGUGUACAGUGUUCCAAAUCUUUCAAUUCAUGAUUUAGCGAAAGCUACAAAUAACUGGGACAUGAGUAACAAUAUCGGAAAUGGUGGUUACGGCGAGGUUUUCAAAGGAGAAUGGCUCCAUCAAGAGGUUGCUAUCAAACGUAUAAGGCGAGAUUUAAGCUUAAAAGCCAACACCCAAAUUCAGAAAAUAAUUCAACAAAGUUUUCAGGAAAUCAUGUUUCUAAACCAGAAGAAAUCUCAGUAUAUUAUCCCCAUAAUAGCCUACUGUGAUCAGCUAGAUGAUCCUUGUAUUGUUACUCAGUUCAUGGUUAAUGGAUCCUUAGAUGAUAGAUUAAAGCGAAAGAACGGAACUCCUCCAUUGUCCUGGUCACAGCGCUACGAGAUAGCCAAGGGAACCGCAAACGGAUUACAGUUCCUUCACAGCAAGUUUAACGGUCCAAGCAGAUUAGUCCAUGGAGACAUUAAACCCGGUAAUAUUCUGAUGGAUCUCAAUAUGGAGCCUAAAAUCGGAGAUUUUGGUCUGGCUCGGGAGAUAGGUGUAGACCAAAGCAAGGUGCUGGUUUCAAGCAUAUCAGGAACCCAAUUCUACCUUCCUCAUGAAUAUAUAGCAGAUAGACAGCUUAAUACAAAGGUUGAUACAUACAGUUUUGGGGUCAUCCUGUUCGACCUGAUCACUGGUAAACCUCCAAACAGUCGACCUAGUCGAGGUCAACCCUACCUGAUUGACCUCCUCAAAUCUGAGGACGUAAACAUUUGGAAUUUUGUUGAUCCCGUAAUUCCGAUAGAUGUUGAGAACUCGCAUAAUAUAGUAAAGAUAUUGUUUGAAUAUGGUUUACGGUGUACAAGGGAUAAACGAAAAGAAAGACCUGAAAUGGAAGAAGUUUUUCUUAAACUGAAGAGCAGUCUUACCUCGUGGCAACUGCAGAAACACUAUGAUUCUAUAAAUGGGCCGCUUGGUGGCGCUCAUGGUCCAUCUAUAGGGGUAGCGGGAAGGUCAGCUUUAGGUGGCGCGGAAACACAAACAAAAGGUGGCGCUGACGGUCCUUCUAUAGGUGGCGUGGAAAGACAAACAAUGGGUGGCGCUGAUAACAGGAAUCAAGAUCCAACCGUAAAUAGAUCAGGACUUAGAGCUGAAAAUUUCUUUAAGAUAAAUCCAAAUUCUAUGUCAAAUCUUCCUCCGCCUCUGCAGGCUGGUCAGCAGCAGUCAGGUCAACCUGGAUCAAACCCUCAAUCAGUUGCCAGCACAAUUCUUCAACUUCAAGGAACCCAAGAGUCUAACUAUUCAAUUCCCUUGACUCUGAUCAGCCAGUCCCAAGACAUCCCAGAUUUUGAAGGUUUAAUGAUAAAUGAUGAACAUUCUACCUCUCAAUCAGAUUUAGUCUCCUUUGAAAUACAUCACAGCAGUGGCGAUGAGACUGUGUCCAGGUUGGAGCAGAUCGAAGAUGUAUCAAAUUAUGCCGAAAAUUUGUUGGAAGGAUGGUAAUUGGUAAUUCACCUGAAGCAGAAUCUUUCGUGUUGGAUAUCGGGCUAAGCUUAACUGAGCUGGGAACUUUUGAAUGGUGGAUAUCGGGAUUAAUGCUUGAUCCACUCUUUUUCUUAAUCUUGAGAUUAA